AUGGCCGACGCGUCCGACGGCGCCCGCCUCAAGGUCUGGCCCGACAGGGUCCCGGGCAGCGACGCCGGUGGCGGGCGGGGCCGCGUCAGGAACGUGACGUACCACGAGUUCCGCAGCCGCGGCUGCGACAGCGCCAUCACGGUCGACCAGUGCUACGGGCAGAAGAACGAGACGCUGUGCCGAGCCCACCCGUCGAGGGUGACUAUGGAGGACGUCUUGUUCAGGGGUUUCACCGGCACCACGUCGAAGAAGUACGAUCCGCGGGUUGGUCAGCUUGUAUGCUCUGCUCCUGAGGUCUGUCUCGACUUUCGCUCUCAGAAUAUCAACGUCAGGAACCCAAGCGGCAGGGAGCCGCUUUGGAUUUGCGAGGGUUUUGACACUUCCGGGAUGAGCAUCAAGUGCCAACAACGGCAUCAAGUAUACUGA